AUGAAUAUCAUCAAGCUGCAAAGAAAGUACCCUCAAUUCGAGCAGGGUGAGAUCUUUGGGCUGCAGGACGCCUUCCGCAAGCUCGACGUCGAAGACAAGGGCUACCUUGACGAGGCGACGGUCAUCAAGGCAACACAGCAGACAGAGCACCAGCCGUACGAUGUCGUGCGCCAGGCCCUGAAAGAGGUCGAGCUCGACAGUUCGCGGCGAGUGGAGCUGGACGACUAUGUUGAUCUUAUCUCCAAAUUGCGCGAGUCGUCGCCCGCCCAGAAGCGCAUGUCCACAGGUCCGACACGUCCGCGAGCAGGUACCGGCAGCACAGGCACCGCACCCUCAAACCCGGGGCACUCUGCCAAACCUAGUGUCGGUGGCGGUGGCAGAAUCCAAGUCCAGGGCUCCUCUUCGAACGUCACUCACACCAUCAACGAAGAUGAGCGAACCGAGUUCACGCGCCAUAUCAAUGCCGUCCUCGCUGGCGACCCAGACAUCGGCGACCGCCUGCCAUUCCCCCUCGACACCUUCGAGAUGUUCGACCAGUGCAAGGAUGGUCUGGUGCUGUCCAAGCUGAUCAACGACAGCGUCCCGGACACCAUCGACGAACGUGUACUGAACAAGCCGGGCCGCAAGAUCAAGACGCUCAACAACUUCCACUUCACCGAGAACAACAACAUUGUCAUCGAGUCGGCCAAGGGUAUUGGAUGCUCGGUCGUCAACAUUGGCAGCGGGGAUAUCAUCGAGGUGCGAGAGCAUCUGAUCCUGGGCUUGAUCUGGCAGAUCAUUCGGAGAGGUCUUUUGGGCAAGAUCGACAUCAAGCUGCACCCGGAAUUGUACAGGCUGCUGUACGAAGACGAGACUCUGGAGCAGUUUCUGCGACUUCCCCCGGAGCAGAUUCUGUUGCGUUGGUUCAACUACCACUUGAAGAACGCCAAGUGGGACAGGACCGUCACCAACUUCUCGACCGAUGUCAAGGAUGGCGAGAAUUAUACCGUCUUGCUCAACCAGCUCAAACCCGAGAUCUGCUCGCGUGACGCGCUCCAAGAGAGAGAUCUCCUACAGCGUGCCGAGAUGGUCCUGCAGAACGCCGAAGCCCUCGAAUGCCGCAAGUUCCUGACGCCAACGUCUCUCGUCGCCGGAAACCCCAAACUCAACUUUGCGUUCGUUGCCAACUUGUUCAACACACAUCCCUGCUUGGACCCCAUCACAGAAGAGGAGAAGGCUGAGAUUGAGGACUUUGAUGCCGAAGGCGAGCGCGAAGCCCGUGUGUUCACACUCUGGCUCAACUCCCUCGAUGUCAAGCCGGUCGUGCAGUCGUUCUUCGAGGACCUCAAAGACGGAACCGUCCUCCUCCAGGCCUACGACAAGGUCAUUCCAGACAGCGUCAACUGGCGUCACGUCAACAAGCCCCGAGAAGGCCAGGAGCUGAUGCGCUUCAAGGCCCUCGAGAACACGAACUACGCAGUCGAGCUCGGCAAGCAAGUCCAGUUCUCCCUGCCUGGUAUUCAGGGUGCCGAUAUCACCGACGGCCAGCGCACACUCACCCUUGGACUGGUCUGGCAAUUGAUGCGCAAGGACAUCGUUGCCACCCUGAACGGUCUCGCACAACGCCUCGGCAAGCGCGAAAUCUCCGAUUCGGACAUGAUCAAGUGGGCCAACGAUCAGGCGCGCAAGGGCGAAAAGGGCACCCAGAUCCGCUCUUUCAAGGACUCGUCGCUCAGCAACGCCAUCUUCCUGCUCGACGUUCUGGCCGGCAUGAAGCCAGCGUACGUCGACUACGAUCUCGUGGCUCCGGGCCGCACCGACGACGAGAACUACCAAAACGCCAAGUUGGCCAUUAGCAUUGCGCGAAAGAUGGGUGCGACCAUCUGGCUGGUGCCCGAGGACAUCGUUGCGGUGCAGAGCAGGCUUAUCACGACCUUUAUUGGCAGUCUGAUGGCCACCAACGAGAAGAUGGGCGCACAGUAAGCGAUUGGAGGAUUGCGAAAGUUAUUAGGAUAGUGCUAGCGAGUGAUGUCUGCUUCUUGCGAUACGAGCAAGCAAGUUUGGAGCAGACCAGGAUGGUGAAAAAUCCCGAUUAUGAAUACUAUGAUUGC